AAUAUAAUAUAAGUAUAUUUGUAUACUUAAUAGAAACGGAAUUGUUAAAUACUUACGUAAGAUCAUAUAUUUUAUCUAUUCAUAUAUGCACAUAUGCAUAUGCAUAUGCUACUUUUAUAUGUGUUAUUCAAAUCUAAAAUUGAUGAUUUGUUAAAAUAUUAUAUUUUUGUUGCUUGAUAUUACUUUAACAGAAUGAAAUUACAUAUAAAAAUCAUAAUUAUAUUUAUAUCUUUAAAAUUAAAAAAUAAAUAAAUUAUUAAUUGGAAAAAAAUAUAAAUAUAUUAAACGAGUGGAAAUAUAUAUGUGAUAAAGUAUAUAAGCAUAAAAUAAUAUAAAAGAUUUUAAAUAAACAGCAAAUAAAUAUACAGCAAAAUAACUUUCAAGUAAUAUUAAAAAAUUAAUUCUAAUCGUGACUUCAUUCAUAAAGUUCAGCCGAUUGUAAUAAUUUUUACUUUUUAUUUCAAAUUUAUUUAAUUAUUAUUGUUUCUACAUUUAAAAAUGGGUUCUCACGGUAAAUUAGAAACUGAGAAAUUAAAAAAAAAUUUAGAGGCACAGUUAGAUAGACUAGUACAGCAAUUAGAGGAUAUAGAAGAAAAUCGGAAUUUAUUAGAUACAGCUGCAUAUGAAGAAGCUAUGCAACUCACAAAAGAAGAUUUACAAGAAUUCAAUGAAAGUUUACAAAGAUUGAUAUCUGGUGAUACAACAUUAAUUGAUCAACUAGGUGCAAUACAAUUGGCCAUUCAAGCAGCAAUUAGUGAAGCAUUUAAAACACCAGCUGUUAUCAGAAUGUUUGGGAAACGUGAAACGUCACAACUUAGAAAUCGCUUAACUGAAAUUGAAUAUGAUAUGAAACUUGGAAAAAUAACUAAAGAAGUUUAUGAUCUUCAGCGUGCAGAAGUACUAAAUGCACUUAGACAACUUGGUGAAAAAUUAGAACUUCAAGAAUUACAGUUAUUAGAAAAAUUAAUGUUUAAUAAUAUUGAUACUACAAAUUAUGAGCAAGUAACUGAAAAUAUAAAUAAAGGUCGAAUAGCCAUGGCAGUAGUAGGUGAUGAGGCUAGAAUUCAAAAUACUUAAAUCUUAAGAUAUUUUUUAACAUUAAUUUUUAAUUUUUUAUAAACAAAUGAUACUUCAUAUGAAUAAAAAAUUAAAUAUGAAAAGAUUGAUAUAUUAAAUUUAAAUAUUUUAGUACAUUUUUUAAUAAAUUUCAAAAUCAUUAUUUAUGAAAUACAAUGUUUAAAUAAUAUUAAUAAUUAAUAAAAAUAAAAGAUACAUCAAUAUAUAUUUUUAAUUUUACUAUUCAAUAUUUUUUAUUAUAAAUAAAUUAUUUCUAAAAUAAUAAAUUUGUAUCAUUUGUUAUUUUAAUUGUUUGAAUAUUUAUCUUUAUUUCAUUAUUAAUCUUGAUUAAAUUUGCUUAUUUUAUUUAAAUUAUAAUACAUAAGACUGAAGAUUGAAAAUAUUGUUAUUAAUAUUCAAAAUAAAUAGAAUAUGAAAUGUGUAAUAAAUCAUUAUAAAUAAUUUUCUUUUUAAUGUAUUUUUUACAUUUUAAAUUAUAUAUGUAUUUAUUUUUAAUUAUAUCAUUGUAAUAUCAGCAUCUCUUAUAUAAUAUUUUAAUAUAUAAUCGUAUAUUAUAUAUAAAUAUACAAUAUAUAUUUAAGUAUUUUAAUAUAUAAAAUAUUUCAUUGUCAUAUAAAUUAUAUGUAUAUGAGAAUAAAGAGACAUGUAUGUAUUUAUUAUAUAUAUAAUAUUUCAGAUCGUAUCAUUAUUAAUAUGUAUACAUACAUAUGUUUUACAAAAAUAUUAUGAAUAUUAUAUUAAAAAACAUUUAUUUAUAAUAUUAAAACAAUAUUACAUAUUUCAUUAAUGUAUUAGUAAUGUAUUUAAUAAACUUAUUUUUAUAUUAAUAAA